UGUACUUCGACCGGAAAGGAUUAUUCUCGGGGUCUUUUUUAGACUCUACUUCGGAAAGCUCUUGGGCGAGGCGAAAUUUCUCGCACACAGCCUUCCAUUCAGCGGUCUGGGUGGCAGCCAUGUUUUCCUCUGGUAGCGGCAAUUCAAAUCGCAAGCACACGGUGUGAGCUGGCCUCCUUUCAAGUGCAUGUGAUCCAGGAGCAGAAACAGCGUUGGAAACGGGUAGCAGAGCCAGUUGCUUGCUUUUAGGCGCUCGAACACAGCACACUUGCGACACCCGCUGGUCAAGUCGUGUUACUGCGUAUUCAAAACGCACCGUUUUACAAGCCAAUUUAUUUUCGUGAAAAGUCUGCUAAUAUUACCUACAACGUCGUCAGAAUAAUUUCUAAAGAGGGCACCGGAAAUCAGUGACCAUGGAUCGAUCCUAAAAUAAAAAGCUUCUAAUGUAUAUUCGAAGCUUUCUAAAAAGCUUUUUUUUCUCUUGAAAUUUCAGUUCAUCCCAGAUUGUUUCACAUCACGAAAAAAAAGUUGUUUGCUUGUCUGAAAACACAAUCCACCAGAAGACACUUCCAGUAAUCGAAAGAACUUCUCAGAUAAACUUACAUAUGGGGUCAGUGACAUCCUCAGCGGCCCCAAACUGCUGGUCACUGCCAUAUAAAAAACUGGCAUGUUUACUUGUAGUUCCAGAAAACGGUUUGCACAGAUUGUCCAAUAUAAUGCCCCAUAUAAUCAGAGCUUAAUUUAUCUAUACACAAUUUUACAUCAUUAUUUUUUUCGUUUCCGCAUGCUGACCUGACUCAAAAGUACCUGGAACAGUGCUAGCACAGACUGCUUGGUUUUAGUUCCUUAUUGUGCUCAAUUUUAGAAUCAAUAAUGCCAUUAAUGGCAAGGCAGGAAGUUUUUACCGGUGGUUAAACAAUUAAUGACCUGUAACACAAGAUACAAGCAAUGCCAUACACUCUAAAAAUGAUGGGUUAUUCUCAACCCUGGUUGGGUCAAGAACGUUUUUUACACAACCCUUAUUUUACAGUUCUGAAGUCGUCAAGUUUUUAAUUAAUCUUUAAUGUUGUCUUUGAUAUAAGUCAAGUGUAAACAUAUUGUAGUUUGCUUUAAAGAAAAAAAGAAGAUCUUGAAAACAACAGAGAACUUUUGCUUUCAACAGUUUCUUCUGACAUUGCAUCCUGUGUCAGUUAUAGCAUCUGCACUGCAAUGUGAAAGUGAUUUACAUCUUUUUAGGUGUAAAUCAGUGAUGCAUAAAAACACUGUUCUAGAAUUUAAUAGGCUCUCUCUUGAAGAUAUUCUAGUUAUUAAAUAUUCUUACUAAACCCCAAAAUCAGUUGUAAAGAGAAAAAGAUUGGCAUUUCACAUAAAAUAUUUGUAGUAAAGAAUGAAGUAAAUUUCUGUACAAAUUGUUUAUUGCACUAUGCUGUUGUUGCUCUCUCAAGUUUCCAUAACCAGUUGCCAAGCAUACUCAAAAAUGAAAAUGUGCCCUGUGAAUAACAUUUGCAUCAAAGCAAUUUUGAAUAGUGAAUAUCAGACUAACUUUUUGUAAACUGGUGCAUGACUUCUGUAUUUAGCUACUCACUUGCUAUUUUACAUGGCCUACAGUCCAGUAGCUCUGGUUAUUUCAGUUAACACGGUGCUUCACACACAGAGCUUUUUAGGAAGUGACGCUGUCGCCCACCAUCAGGAAAUGGACUGUUUCUUUUAGUAGAUGUGAGUCAUGGGCUGAAGGCAGAUCAGCCAUGUACCACAAUAAAACACAGACAGUAUUUUCGUCAUAAGGUGAGUAGAGAAAGGAUACAAACAGAACGCACUGUGGGAAGGUACAACCACUGUGCACCCCUGAAGUGAGACAGGACACAAGACACAAGUAUUCCUCAUUCACAGUGAUUUACUCUACGGUGCGCUCAGUGUUUUUUGCAUUCUAAAUUAACACUACCAACUAUUGACGCAAACCUGGAUAUUUCACGAUGUGUGAGGUGUUAAUUGUUCAUGCCAGCGAGGCCAGUGAAUGGGCCGAGUAUUUAAAGCAAAUCUUGACUGCAUCAUGUAAUUUUCAAGAGGACUCCAUUAUUUCGUAUGAUGUUCAUCAAGAGACUUUGUUAAAAGAUCAAGAGCUGUUUGACUCCUGCAAGUGCAUCAUACUUUUGCUAUCUACGAUGUUCCUUGACAUUUGGAAUGAACCGUCGAGACUGGACGCUUUACGGGAUCUUAUGCAACCCCCAAAUAAAAUUGUUGCUUUUUUGUGUGGAGUAUCAGAACAUGAAGCAGAUUAUUUUGAACACUGGGAGCAUUGGCGAAAGGUCAAUUCAGAAGAUGAACCGUCAGUAUAUGUGUCUACUGUCAUGGAGUGCAUUUAUGGUGGAUGUAUUAGUGAACAGUACGUUCAGGAGAUUGAUGAUACUCAGGCAGAAGACCACAAGGAUUUGCAGGAAGACAUAGAUGACUUCACAUUUCCCGAAAUUCCACAAGAUUUAGCUUUACCUGAAGAGACGGAACAGGUGAAUAGUGAUGAUGUUGGUCCUCCAGAACAGUUUUGUUUAGAGACACCCCAUGAGGACCAGGCCUGCCUCACCAUCCAGCCAGACAGAAUACUGUGUGGGACUUGUGUGAAUAUUUAUAUAAUCAUGGUUAAGACUCUUGACGACGAUGGCAGCCUGGAAGUGGAGUUUCAAUCUGAGCACACAACACCUAUACGAAUGCCUGCGACUCUUGCAAACAAGUGUAUUGUUACCGUCCAAUCACCCGAUAUGGCAGCUGGGGUGGUCACAUUAACUCUUUAUAAAAAUGAGUCUAUGGUCUGUUCAACGACAGUAAAGUAUUACACAGAAAUGGAAGAAAUUUGCACAUAUCUAGAGAAAGUGACAGACCCUGUGAAGUUCAUGUGUCAGGCUUUUGAAAUCACAUCCAAUGUACCCGAGUCGUUGGACAAUUUGCUUGCGGAUUCUCUCAAUAAACGUAUGCCAUUAAGUAGAUUACAAGUAUUUGGAAUUACUCAAAUUGCAGAAGAGGAUACAACAGGAAAUUGCCGUGAUAUGGAACUCCCAACACUGCUUCACUUCUCUGCCAAAUUUGGUUUAAAGAAAUUGACAUCUUUGUUAAUGCGGUGCCCUGGAGCCUUGCAGGCCUACAGUGUAAUGAACAAAGACGGGGAUUACCCUAACAAUCUUGCAGAGAAAAGUGGCUUUUCUGAUUUAAGACAGUUUAUGGAUAAAUAUGUUGAAACAGUGGAUUUGAACAAGAUCCACAUGGAGGAAGCUCAGGACGCCCCUGAGAAUGAGAUCUAUGAAGAUAUGUUGAACGCGUCUCAAAACUGUUCAGAUUUGGAUAAUGAGGACAUUUAUGAGUCUAUGAUGAUACUGAAUGCCGAGAUGGGUUUGUGUGAGGACCUACAAGGUGUUUUGACAGACUCCAACCCUGCAGAGACGAUGCUGAGAAAGUUUUUUGAAGCAAAACCUGACAAAUAUUCAACCAACGGUGGAUUACCUGAAAUGGAUGAUGAUAACUACCAUGACAUGGGCGUUGACACAGAGGUCUACUGUGAUGUGGAGGAAGAGGAUCCGUACAAUCCCUGCUGCCCUGAUGAAAUUUAUGACAUUGUGGAGCCAAAUUCCAAAAUUGUUCCAGAAGUUCUUCACCGUCCACCCGCACCCAUUCCAAGACCAGCCAGUAAGCAAGAACCUGAGGAGAAUACAACCUACAUUUCCAAAGUGUUUUACCCCAAGGACCCUCUAUACUCACUAAGCAAAAGGCCAGAAAAGGAUUUGUCUCCACUAGCACCUGCACGGUUGGUGAGAGAAGGAGACAUGAGCAGUCACCACGACUCCUUCGCAGGCAUGAAGACCCCCGGACAGAGACAGCUCAUCUCUCUACAGGAACGAGUUAAGGUGGGUGAGCUCAGCGUCGAAGAGGCCGUGCAGGAGUUCAAGGCUUGGCAGUUGGAUCAAGAAGGACGUUCAUAUUCUGUCCGGUUUCAGCAGGAAAAUAUACAGAGGUUAAGAGAGAGCAUCACCCGACGCUGUAAAGACAAAGGAACGACAGAGCUUAUGAUAACAGCACCGAUGCAAGCAAACGUUCAUUGGGGGUCUAAUAAGAACGUAAAUUGCUCGUUGUAUGAACCUGGGCCGCGCGUGAUGAACCAACCCCCUCCAGUUAGCAGACCAGUGCAGAGAGGAAGCUGGCAGACAGGAAGUACCUCCAGCACUUCUAGCAGUAGCAGUCACAGAUUGAGCAUUCAGAGCAAUGUCAGCAACAGCAGCGGGCCAGACGUCGAUUGUGAUGAGCCGCCAGACAUUCCGCUCCCACCUCGACCAACCCGCCCCGUGGCGGAUAUUCCACCCGUGCUUCCUCCACCCAGAGUCCCACCUCGCCCAGUAGACCGGAAUGUGGACAGCGGGCUAAACGAGCGUUAUGUUUCGAGACCCAUCCGUCCGGUUGCUCAGAUGAGCCCCCAAAGGUCCGUUCCACCUCCACCUUUACCGAGACGGACUUGGUGAAGACCCUCUUCAACACGGGUGGCUUUCUGUUUCCUUCUGCAGUUUUUAUACUGAGCUUUUCCAGAAGAACCCUGUCAAUGUCCUCUCAAAGUAGGACAAAGGACUGCCUGGCAGAAUAGAGGGUUUUUUACUGGUUGAAGUUGAUCGAGAUGAAUGAAAAUUACCUAUAUGUAUAACUUAAAUGAAAAUGACCUAAAUCUAUAUGUUUAAAAUUCAGAAUGGUUUUCAGCUGAACAUUUUCAAUACAUUUAAUGUGCAAUCUGAAUGUGUUGUUUGUUUACUAUACAGCUGCUCAGUUUGUCCUCUCUGACUAUUGAUAGUUAUAGCAACGGCAAAAUUAGGAAUUGCCUAUAUUUUUUUUUUUCUUAAAACUGAAAACUAAAUAGACUUUUUGAUCAGUUCACAUCAUCUAAUCUAAAGUUGCAUGUAUAAAGUUACAUAUUUAUUUUAGUCACGUCUGGUUCAAAACAUACUCUUAACUGGUCUAAGCAGAGUAGAAAAUAAAUGCAGUAUAUUUAACAGCACGAAAUGUGUGAAUGCACUGUAGAGAGCAAGUAACAGUUCGUGUGUGCUGGGGUGUAUGUGUUUGCGUGUGUUUGCACUAUUUGUUCAUGUUUGUUGAACCGUGACGACUGCGUUAAAUAAACUUUUUUUAAUUUGG